AUGGAUCCUAAUCUUCCCACGGCGAUGAAUUUCCAUGCCAGCCCGGACCGAAUUCGGCAGGAUCUCUUUGAUCGACUGCACUGGAAUGUUUUCGGUCCUCUGGGCGAUAUUUCUGUGCGGGACGGCACAACGCUCACUCCUUUCACGGACCAUGCUAUCGGAUCCGAGAGCAUAGCAGACCCUCCCGUCGCCAGGAUCGCUGUACAAAUUAAUGCCUGUCAGGAGAAGUACUCUAUGGAUGAGACUGAAGAAGAGAAAUAUCGAUACCAGUCACCGGCGCCGCUAGUCAUCGAAAAGUUCGACGGUGCUCCUAUCUUGCUAAGCGACUUCGUCGCUCAAGUUCACCUAUUCCUGAAUGCCAACAAGGAAGAGAUUUACAAAUGCGAGGACGAAAUCUACACCCAACCGACAGAGCUAGAGGACGGCUGGAAGUUCGUUGGAGUUGAUCCCGACGAAUUCGACUCUUUCGAGGACGAGGACGAGUCUGCGGAGCCUAGUCAUUUCUGGAGAAGUGGGAAUAUCCCGGCAGACUCUAGAUUCUUUUUCGAUCAGGCUCAGUUCAACGCAGUCGACACAGAUGAGUUCGAGGCCUAUAUCACUUUUUUUGUUGAGGGCAACAUGGGAACCUCCUUUGAGCAGUUCUGGGAACGGCGAGCUGGAGUGUAA